GAAGCGGGAAAUGCGAAUAAGGAACAUCCAUGAUGUUGGGUUCAUUGACCCACACAUCGUUAAUUCACAUGUGUUAGAACACCACCCCGCCGACGUGGAGGAUGACCUGUGGCGGUUUAUUAGAAAACAGCAACAGAAAAGUGAUAUUCUAUUUCCUUACCAUUUUGGGUUCCACUGGAUUCUUAUGGUAAUUAAAGUUCAGACCUCCUCAGUUCUCGUCCACGACUCUCUGAAUAUGGAUCCGGCGCUUUGGGGCGACAUGAGAAAAAUGAUGCAAAAGGUUUGGAGACGGUUCGUAGAUACCAAGGUCGGUGAAUUCAAAAAAGAGCUACACUUUAAAAUGGCAGUGCGGACGACUGGGGAUACUCAGCCACCGGGGACCAAUCUAUGUGGAUACUAUGUUUGUGAGAGGAUCCGGAGAUACUGCAAUGAGCGGGACCAGAACUGUGAGAACAACAUCCUGAGGAAUAACCUCCGGAAGACGCUUAGUCCAGAAGCUCGCUUCCGACCACUUCAAGAGGAACUAGCUGGAUGGUUGGCGAGGGAAGUCAUCGAUCCUAGAGGAGAACACUAUUACGAUGACGUAGAACUUUAUAUGCACCAGAAUUUGUAACUAACUUGUUCAAAAUUGUAUAUGGUCAUCCGAUAUUGAAUAUAUAUUGUA